AUGUUAGAGGUGCGCGAAGUAGAGAGAGCUGAGGAAGGCGAAAAGGCUGCAAAUGAACAACCCACAUCCACCGAGGAUACGANUGCAUGUACCACGAUGUUAGAAGUGCGCGAAGUAGAGAGAGCUGAGGAAGGCGAAAAGGUCGCAAAUGAACAACCCACAUCCCUCGAGGAUACGACGGAAGUCGAAAAUUUCUUAAAGAAGGAGUUGCUCGCAUUCGAGAAGAUAACGGGGACGACAAACAUCGCCGCCCAUAAUAUUAUAAUGCGAGAUGAUCGACCCAUAAAACAGCGCUACUUUCCCAAAAACCCGAAAAUGCAGGAGGUAAUAAACAGGGAGGUCGACGAAUUAAUAGAGAAGCAGUGCAUCGAGCCCUCGCAUGGCCCACACAGCGCGCCAAUCGUGCUCGUAAAGAAGAAAAACGGAGAGUGGAGACUUUGCGUGGACUAUCGGCAACUUUAA